AUGGUGGUCUCCAAUUAAAGAAGACCUAGCUUUGCUAUGUCCAUCAUAGCCUGAGGUUAUUUUUCCAACCAUAGAAAACACAUUGCUUGAUCGGACUUUGAAGUCUGUUCACCUCAAGGAAAAACUUGGUGUAAUUACGUUCUUCGCUGCCAGCUGCAUACAGAUGUCCUUCAGAGCUCAUCUGUCAUAGUCCCUAAUUCAGAUGGGAUAUGGAUCAUUCUGCUUUGAGGGGCCCUCGUUAUCCUUCCAUAUACCUUCCAGCCCUCAGGAUGCAGCUGUAUCAUCAACCACAGACAGACGAUUCUGUUGCUCUUUUAUAGUCAGUAUCUGGGAGGGGUAGAGCCACUGCAAGACCAAGCUCUGCUGAGCAUUUUUAUUGCCUCCUUGGGCUGCAGUCAUGUUCUAAGAUAACGCCUCUUCCAGUGGUGGAAGCAGUCUACACAGACUCGGUAGGAAGAAGCCAGUCGCAAACGGCUUGAACAUGACCUGACAUACUUGUUGGUGAUCUGAUUGACUGAGAUGAUGUAACUGGCAGGGCUUGACUGGCUCAACCUGUUCUACCUAAUUUAGCCUAAUUGCAAGGCUUGUAUCCUGCCUAGUUCCAAAGUUCCUUUGACAUCACAUGUUCAGGAAGAACAAUAGAGAAAGAAAAAUACACUUCAUCGGGACUUGUCACAGGUCUUGCUGAAAAAUGGAUGAUGAUUACUUUGGAGGAUUUGAGGCAGCAGAAAUCUUUUUUAAAGAUGGAAAUGGUGAACCCCAGACCACUUCUCCCGCUAUUCCUUGGGCAGCAUUUUCCACAGUGCCUGAAAUUCUUGCACCACCGACGGCCUCUGCCGAGCUGCUCCCGAAACAGGUUCCAGCCUCCUUUGUUUCUUCGAGGGCUGAAGUGCCAGUAGACGCUCAGCUUCCACCCGGGGCAGCUGAUCUUAAAGAGCAGGUUGCCUUAUCAAUCGAUACUUCUUUGACCGAAGAUCUGGGAGCAGCUUCUGCUAAUUAUGAUGAAAACAAUACAAAACCGAGAUUAAAUGAAUCUGAAAAGCAUCUUCAACAAACCCUCUCAGCUCUGGAAAGUAAACUUCAAACAGCAGAUGAAGAAAAAGGUAGAAUAAAAAAGGAGUUAGAAGAUCUUUUGGAAAAAUACCGGAUUUUGGAAACCAAUUUCCUGAAGGAAAAGGAAGAUAAAUUAAUUUCACAUCAGGAUAUAUACAACAAGCUCCAGGAGAAACAUAAACUUGAGUUGGAAGAUUUAAGAAAAGCUGGACACCAGGCCUUGUCUAUUAUUGUGGAAGAAUUCAAGGCCAUGCUGAAGGCUGUGGUCCAGGAACGGGAAGGGGCCUUGGAGAAACAGCACGUCUCUGCGGUGGAGAAACAGGCACAGAAGUGUGAAGAGCUGCUCAAUGCUCAGCAUCAAAGGCUGCUUGAUAUGUUGGAAAAGGAGCAGAAAAUCUUAGAAGAAAAAACGAAAGAAUCCUUGUUGCAGCAGUCGCAGGAAUAUAAGGAAAUGUUGGAAAACUGUAUGGAGAGUGAAAGGGAACGUAAUAAGGAGGCUUUGGCAGCGGCUGCAAAGAUUGAGAAAGAGGACUUGCAGGCUGCUGUUCUAGCGGCAGUAACAGCAGAAAGAGAAAACAUGAAAAAACUGCAUGACCAAGAAAAAGAAUUAUGGCAAGCAGAGAGAAUCAGAGAUCGUGAGAAGAUUGCUCAAGCCGUAGAAGAAGCAGCGGAGCGGGAAAGACAGAGCUCGCAGGAAAUGGUAAAAGCAGCAAUCCUAGAAGAACAAAGGAAAAGUGAGAAAGCUGUAGAAGAAGCUGUAAAGCAAACAAGGGAAGAACUGAUGGAAUACCUCAAGGAGCAGAAAAGGCUGGAUCAAGUGAUCCGUCAGCGUAGCCUGUCCAGUUUGGAGCUGUUCCUCUCUUGUGCACAAAAGCAGCUGGGCUGUUUAUUGCAGGAAGAAACCACAGCACCGAAUGCAGAAGGAAAGAGUCCGUAACACUGAUCACUUCUCUCAAGACACUGGAGACUGGGUGGAGAACAAGGGUCAAUCAACUGGUCUAAGUUUGUUUCGUUUAGAUGUUCCGAAUCAUGCUGCGGCACUUGCAAAACUAACAGUUGCGUGAAAUCUUGGCAAAGGUCAUGAGUGGUUCCCACAUAGUUGUAACAAGAAAUGCAGUAAUUGGCAAAUCUCAGUAAAACACUGUCGGUAACAAAUUCCCAGCAACAAAGUUAGAAAACUUGUUAUUAACAAGCCUGAGCUUAUUUUCACAAUGUUGCAUGGAGGCAGCAUUUACGUCAUAUCCCACUGGCAUUUAUCAAAUGGAAUAAAAGAAUCUUGAAUGCCAGAAAUAAGACUAGAACAUAAGUCAUCCGAAUUGAAAGCACUGAUCGGAGAUGUCUGAAUAAACACCUGAACUGAAACACCUUAUUAUUUAUUUGUUUGAGUUCCAGAACAGCUUUUUGCAACCUCUGAGUUUGUGUCUUUUCCUGAAAAAAGUCUCUUCAGUCUCACAAGCAGUUUGUCUUAAGAUUCCCCCCGGCUGGGAAACCCAGUCUGCUCAGUUGCUAGCGCAAUUGCUCUUACAAAAGCGAGUUAGGGUUAUCACCUUAAUUCGUGCAAGGAAAUAAAGAUCCUUGCAAGCCACAGCAGAUUUCGGGAAUCAGUUUAGCGGCUCCAGAGUUGUCAGAUUUCUGAGGACAGAGGUGUCCCUUAGACUGUAAAAUCGGUCUCGUGAAACCUUCUCAGAUUUCUGAUGGCGCAGUGAUUUUUCAGGGUGGAGGAGGUGUUGAAUGUUUUAGGCUUUUUAUGAUUUGGGGGCUUGGGGGGAUUUAAUGAUGGGGGUGCCCUUUGCAUGUACUCUGAUCUGCACUCUUAAUUUGGGCUGUUCUGCACCACAAAAGACGCUGCUAAGAAUUGGCCACGUUGUGGUCGGGUCCCAGUGGCAGGAUCUCAGGGUGCGUCGGAGCCGUAGAGGAGAAGUUGGUCUCUCCGUGGCAUGGCCACCCCUGCCUUCAGUGAUGCAAUCAGGUUACAGAAAUGGAACCGUCUCUGAAACUUCCAUGGCUUCUUUGCAGAUGUAUAACAGGAACCGGGGAGCUAAUAGUAACCUAAUUAUUCACUUUGGGGCCCCAAUUUUAAUUUUUUUUCUUGCAUCUAGCAAUAUGUUAUCCACAAUAAAACAUUAAUGAUUUACAUGAUGAAAUAAUUGAGUAACUUA